GUCAGGUUCGCGGGACUUCUUUACGGAGCAUGCGCACUACAUUGAGUUUAGCGCGCGAGUCUGUGUCACCAGGAAGACCUCAGUGUGUUGGAGUGUCUCUGUUGUUUCUGUUGUAAACCAUCAAUAAUCUGAUUUUAUUAAUUUAAAUACAAGAAGUCGGCAACAUGUGGAACCAGGGAUACAGUGAAUCCAUGGGAGGGGGCUACACUCAGUCUCCAGGGGGGUUUGCAUCGCCUGCCCUGUCCCAGGGAGGAGAGAAGAAGGGGAGGACUCGUGCCACACAGAUUAUCCCCUGCACCGUGUCCCAGCUGAUGUCUGCCUCCCAGGCCGACGAGGCAUUCAGAGUAGGAGAUGUAGAAGUUGCCCAGGUUACUAUUGUGGGUGUCAUCAGAAGCACAGACAAAUCUAUGACCAAUAUCCAGUACAAGGUUGAUGACAUGACAGGUGCUCCAAUGGAUGUGAAGCAGUGGGUUGACACAGAGGACCCUGGUGUGGACAGCACUGUCUUGCCUCCCGGCACCUAUGUCAAAGUCUCUGGAAAUCUGCGCUCCUUUCAGAACCACAGGUCUGUGGUAGCAUUCAGCGUCAGGCCCCUGGAGGACAUGAAUGAAAUCACCUCGCAUAUGCUGGAGGUUGUCCAAGCACACAUGGCACUCGGCAAACCUCAGAGCACGUCCAAUGCUGGCGGAGCAAUGAACAUUAACACCACACCCAUGUCACGGACCGGCAUGGGGAACAUGGGAGGCAUGGGCGGCAUGGGAGGGGGCUACACGGGUGCUAACGACAUGGUCAACAAUGGUUUAAGCGCAAAUCAGAAUCAGGUGCUGAGUUUGAUAAGGAGCUGCCCAGACCCACAGGGGAUCAGCAUUCAGGACCUGAAGCAGAGACUCAGCGGCAUCAGUAUCGCUGUCAUCAAACAAGCAGUAGAAUUCCUCAGCAACGAAGGACACAUCUUUUCCACCAUCGACGAAGACCACUACAAAUCAACCGACAACGACGACUAGACGCCGCACGGCUGAACCAUUAUGUGACAGUCUUUACCAUUCAGUCUAACUAUAGUCCUUCCGUGUUAAAACGCUGUGGUCAAAGAACACAUGGUUAAAGUUCGGUGGCAUCUCUUGGUUCACACAUCCUGUAUUAGUGAUACCACACCUGCUUCUUUGACAGACCUGCAACUAAAGCUGUUGAAGACGCUGUUGUCGGCCUUUUAUACUGAUCUUUGUGUUUUCUGCUAAAUAUUGCGAAGCAUUUAGUAGUUUGACACCUUUGGAAUAUAAGUACUUGAUUUAUUUUUGUGUAUGUGUUUGCCAAAAUAAAAUUGAUACUGGUCAAUACUU